AAUAAACAAACGCUCUGUUCCCAACUCUUUUUGACUCUCUGUCCCUUCAUCGAAAACCCCAACUCGAUUGCCAACACCAAACCAAGUCUCAAGUCUCUCAAAAACCUCUACAAACUCUCUCUUUCGGAGCCUAGAAAUGCUGGAAUUCAAGACAGUAAAGAAGAAAAUGUGGAUGUUCUCUUACUGAGAUCUCUUUCACAAAAGUCCUCUUCACAAAACCACACACCAACCAAAAACCUUGUCAUCAUCACCUUAAAUGGAAGUUAUGAACACCAUCACCAUCACCAUCACCAUCACCAUCUUCAUACUCAGUGACAAAGUUGCAGCCCUGAGAUCUCCACUCCCCAAGCUCUCUUUCUGGUUUGCCCCAACAACUCGACCACCUGGUUCAUAAAUCAGCUCAACACAAACAACUUCAACACUUCAUAGUAAUAUAAUACUUAGUUAGUUAGUUAGUUAGUUAAUGGCUUCUUAUAGCUUCUCAAACGCUUCAUACGGGUCUGAUUAUUCCAGCCUUUUCGACCCUUUUUCCCAUACUGGUGGAGGAGGGUUUGGUGGGGUUUCGAAAGGUGGAUCGGUGCCUCACUCUCUGGUGUUGGACAGUAAGAGAGGUGAGCUUGUGAAGGCCCCAGCAAGAGUUGGGAAAAAAGGGGUUUCUGAGGCUAAGGCUAUGGCGGCUUUGAAGAACCAUAGCGAGGCCGAGAGGAGAAGGAGGGAGAGAAUCAAUGCCCAUCUGGCUACACUUCGUGACUUGGUGCCCUGUAAUGAAAAGAUGGACAAAGCAACAUUACUUGCUGAAGUGAUAAGCCAAGUAAAACAACUGAAGAAAAAAGCUGCAGAAUCGAGCAAAGGAUUGCUUAUUCCGGCAGAUGAUGAUGAAGUCCAAGUCGAAAGAUUGGAUGACAAUGGAACAGAAAAUGAUAGGAAUCUUUUGUUCAAAGCUUCAGUCUGCUGUAGUUAUCGAGUAGAGCUUCUCUCUGAUGUAAGGCAAGCUCUCGAGGGCCUUCCCUUGAAGAUGAUCAAGACAGAAAUAUCAACUUUGGGAGACAGAUUGAAAAUCUCUUUUAUUUUCACUUGUUGUAAAGAAAAGAAUAAUGAUGAUGCUGAGACAUGCCGAACUCUUGUGAGUUCUGUGCAUGAGACUCUGAGCUCUGUUCUUGAUAAGGCUUCUGCUUUGGCUGAGUACUCGCCGAGGACGACGCUCUUGUGCAAACGACGAAGGAUUUCUUACUUGGAUUCCUCGAGCUCAUCCUGCUAAAUCUGAUAUAUAGUGUAAUCUAAAUAUAGAUGUUAUAUAUUUUUAUAACUUGUAAGUUGUAGUAUAAGAAGCUUUUUUUAAGACUGUUGUUGUUGUUUGACACUUUAAGGUGUCUAACAAUACACAAGAUGACACUCUAUGGUUGGUUAGCGAUACUCCAUAAUAUUUAUUAAAUUAAGAUAUGUGAGACCCGAUAUUAAAUUGUAUUAAUAACGGAAUGCUACCUACUUAUGGUGUUGGCUUA